UUGGAAAAUUAUACAAAAUUUGUUUUCCAUUCUUACUCAAAACAAACAUGGAAAAGGAAACAAAGUGAAAUCUCCCAGUUACUUUCCCGACAUUACCAAACGUGUGAAAUGAAUCUUUCAUUCCCAUUCCUUAGGAAAUGACAUGGAAAUUGAUUUUCCCUCAAAUCCAUUCCGUGAACCAAACGGGGUCAUAGAGCCACUACACAUAGAAGUGAUAGGGGAGAUAGUGGAUCUCCCUAAGGAGUGUCCAUUAAUGGUGUCGUGGUCCCACCUUCUCCAUAAACGCUUGAAUGCAAACACAGUUCCCAAUUUUGGUGCAUACAUGGAAAUUUUGGGGAAUGCGACUGAUGAAAAUUUCAUACAACAGCCUUAUCAGAGGCUUAGCCAUACUCUUCUAGGGGAGGGUUAUGAGCGUUAUGCCCCUCAGCUGGCUAAGGCAUGCUCAAUCGCUCUCUGCAUCAAUUAUCACACAGUCGUCCCUCACAAACCAAACAACUAUGCUAGACAGUUUGGUUUUGAGAAUAUAAACCUAGAUUCGAUUCCAGAGCUUCCUGAUGUAGUGGUUGAAGUUAGGCCAAAUCAUUUGGCCCGUGGGCUCAUGGGCCGAUGGGGGCCCGUCCGGCCCAUUGAAAAAAAGCCCAGCUCGGCCCGUUAUGGGCUUUGAGAUGGCCCGGCCCGUCUUGGGUCGGGCUAGGCUUGAACUUGGGUGUUUAAAGCUCGGCCCAACCCUAUUAAGCCCAAGAAAACCCGGCCUAGCCCGCCCACAAAAGCCCGGCCUGUUAGGCCCGCAUAUAUAUAUAUAUAUAUAAUUAUGUAUAAAUAAGAGUUUAGGUUUUGGAUUAUAUCACUUAA